AUGCCAGCACAAGCUAAUAAGAAGGGAGUCUCAAAGAAAGUUGAUGCCUCUGAUAAGAAAGUAUUUAUGAACGCUAUUGUUACAGGAAUUACUGAGAAGAAUGGACUUCUUCUUGCAACAAAGAAAGAAGAAAAGAGUCCAGUUAUUGUGAUUGCAUAUCUUGAACUUCCAAGAUUUGAUAAAAAACAAAAUAAAGAAGAGACAUUUGCUUAUGAAUGUGGAGAAUUAUUAAGAAAAAAACUUAUUAAUGGUAAAGAAGUUAAAUUUGAAGUUGUUAGUGAAGCAACUGAGAAUGUUCCAAAGAUGGUAAUUCCAUUUGUUAAUGGAGAAAAUAUUGCAAUUACUCUUCUUAAAAAUGGAUAUGGUAUUUUAAAGGGAAAAGGAAAAGAAAUUGUUGAAUAUGCUAAGGCUGAAGAAGAGGCUAAAAGAGAAAAGAAAGGAGUUCAUAAUGAGAAUGCAGAAAAAAUUUCUAUUAAAAAACCAACUGAUCCAAAAUUAACAAGUAAAGAACUUGACUUUUAUGUAAUGAAAAAUCUUAAUGGACAUAUUAAGAAAGUUGAUGCACCAGGACAAUUCAUUGUUGAAACUCCAGAAAGAAAAAUUGUAAGAGUUUCACUCUUUGGAAUUAAUCAACAUGCAACAUUUAAUGUAGAAAAGAAACAAUUUGAAUUUGAUGAUAUUGCUAAAGAAGCUAUAAAAUUCAGUAAUAAGAAUUAUAAUCAAAGAGAUUGUGUUGUUAAAAUUAUGGACAAUGGAAAGAGAGUAACAGGAAUUAUUACUAUUGACAAGAAAGAUAUUGCUGAAGAAUUGUUAAAGAAUGGAUAUGUCACUGUUUCUACAUUUGAAGAAAAUAUGGAAUCAGUAAAGCAAGUAUAUGAAGAAUGUGAAGCAAUUGCUAAAAAAGAAAGAAAAGGAAGAUUUGUUAAUUUUGAUCAAGCAGCUGAAGACGCAGCCAAAGCUAAAAAAGAAAAGAGAGAAAAAGAUCUUAAAGAAAGAAAGAAGAAUGCUAGAGUAAUUAGAGGAGCUAAUAUUCUUUUCAUUGGUAAAUAUCUUAGAAUUGAAAAAGAUGGAGAAAUUCUCAAUGUUAAUUUUGCAUCAAUUAAACCACUUUAUAAGAAAGAUGAUAAGGCAUUCAAUGAACUUAUUGAAUUUAGAAUGAGAGAAGUUAUUAGAAAAUUAAUUGUUGGAAAGAAGUUUGAAUGUAAAGAAGCUUAUAGAUCUGAAAAUAAAAAAGGAGAAGAAACUGUUACAGAAGUUUAUUAUGAUGUUUAUGCAGAUAAAACAAAUAUUGCUAUUCCAUUAUUAAAAGAAGGACUUGUUGUAGUUGAUGAAAGAACUAAAGAUCAAUUCUAUCAAUCAUUUGAUUAUAGUAAAUUAAAAGCUGUUCCAAAGAAAACAUAUAAACCAGUUCCAAUUACUAAUUAUUCUAAUUUGGAUAACGUUAAAGAUAUGCUUAUUGGAAAUAAUUUCAAAUGUAUUAUUGAAAAGGCUAUUUCAUUGACCGUAUAUCUUGUUUACAUUCCAGAGAAAAAUUCUCAACUUAUUGUUCAUCUUCAAAAUUGCUUUGUUCCAAAAGAUGAUUCUAAUGAUAGUCUUAAGAAAUUUGUUGAGAGUGCUAAAACAAAUGUUAAACAAUUAUGUGAAUAUCAUGAAGUUCUUGUAGACUUUAAGAGAUAUCAUAAAGGAAACUUAUAUGUUGAAAUUAUUAGUAAUGGAACAGAUUUAGCUAGUUAUAUUCUUGAACAUGGAUUUGCUAUGCCAACUGGACGUUACAAUGUUUCAUCUGAAAUUGAACAAAUGAAAGAAAAUAUGACUCAAAUUUAUCAAUUUGAUACUCAAAAGAAGAAAGAAGUAGCUGAAGUUGUUGAAAAGAAGCCAAAGAGAAAUACUGAAAUUAAAUUCAGUGCUGAACAAAAAGUCUAUUUAACAGGUUUUGAUGGAGAAAAGAUUGGUUAUUAUGAUAAUGCUGAAGAUGCUAAAAUUAUUGAAGAAGUUAACGCUAUGUGUAAGACUGUUAAGAAAGGUGCUAUAAAACCAGCUGUUGGUGAUAAAUGUAUUGCUGAGAAUAAAGGAUUUUUCUAUAGAGCUGAAUUUGUUGAAGUUGCAACUGGUGCUAAUGUUCUUAAAUGCAUUGAUACAGGAGCUGUUAUUAUUUGUGGUAAAAACAAAUUAAAACCAAUCACAGAAGAAAUUGCUGGUAAACCCGUUACUGUUAAAACUGUAGGACUUGUAGGACUUAAGACUCUCACUCCUAAAGAUGUUGAUUUUGCUGCUGCUGUUGAAGCUGUUGCUGCUUAUUAUAAGAAAGAAGUUUCACUCUUUGUUUCUGGAGAAGAAGCUAAGGUUGUUGUUGGAGAUGUUUGCAUUAACACUCAUCUUGUCCAAUUUGGUCUUGCAUUUGUUGACAAACACUUCCAUGACAAUAGUGAAUGGGGUGUUGCUUUAUUAGAUGCUCAAUCAAAAGCCAAAGAAAACCAUCUCAACGUUUGGAGAUAUGGUGAAGUUGCUGAUGAAGAAGAAAAGAACUAA